UUAUCCGGCUUUGGUGGCUGUUCCCCAAGGGCAGAACUCCUUGCGACUGCAAAGGCCAAAGGCAUUGAGAGCCAAAUGGCACUGCUGACCUCAGUCGAACUGGAUGAGCGCCGGGUUGGAUUCCCCCGUUUCUGGACAGAGCCAAAUGUACCUGGUCAACGAUUGCGCAUGGACACUGCACUGACUUCCCUAGAAGUCGCGGCGCAGUGUGGCUGUGAAGAUUUAUUUGACAUUCUGCACACUGCAGAUGCUGAAGAUUCUUCAUGGCGAGCACCCACAGAGACCCAAGAAGAGGACAGCCUGCUGGAAGUUCCCAGUGAAGCACCGUUGUCAAAGUUGUCAGUCUCAUCACCAGUACACCAAGCAAUUGCCUUUGGCCACCGAUCAAUGCUCAAUAAGCUUUUCAAAACCUACAACUACUGCCCUAACUACCGUCCCUUGGUGGCGCCUACAAUGGCUCUUCCGCCGCUUUCAUUCGCUAUUGCCCAGUGCGAUCUGACCAAGCCAGGUGUGCGUGAAUGCAUCAGUGACCUAUUUGCACAUCCACAUCUUGCCCCCCACCUGCGCACGCCUGUAUUUGGAAUACAUCCGCUGCAUUUUGCCACAGCGAGACACGAUCCUGAAUUCCUGGUUUGGAUUGCAGCCUCCAUCCCAGGUGGCCAUGCCAGAGCCGGACGCACAGCCCUGGGCCAUACACUGCUCCACGUGACAGCGCUUCCUUUGACCGGCGACCACACAGCGAAGAUCAGACCAGCUGUGGAGCGCAGCAUCCUCUGUGCCCGCACGUUGGAUUCCAAAUGGCUCCAGCACUCUCUACCCAGUCCGCGGCACCUCAAAUAUCCUAAGGGCAAGCUUCCUCGGGCAAUAGCGGCGGCCAAUCCCCUUAUAGAAAAGCCCAUGACAGAGGCCGAGCAGGCUGCUCAGUUGGCUAUCAUCAAGCUGCUCCUGGAGUGGGGCGGGUUCGAUGUCCGAACGCAGGAUAUUGAUGGAAAUACCGCAUUACAUUACUUGGCGGCGACUUUGAAUGUUAGUUCUGAGACCGUAAAAGUAUUGCGAGCAAUGGAUGGUGGCGAGGAAGUCUGGCAGAGCUCGAGAAACCGGUGUGGCCUGACGCCAAAGCAGUUGAUGGAGGAAUGA